AUGGCAUCUGCGAGCGAUGUUCUUACCCUCAUUAGCUCUUUGACACUCCGUCUGAGCAUAUGGAUCUUCCUGCGAUGGAUACCCACAACAAUCGUACCUGCACUUGCGACCGCCCUCACGCUCGUCUACAUCCCCUCCUUCUUCACCAGCUUCCAGGACACGGCACAAUACAAGGUCAUAUCCGAUGAACUCGACAUCAUCGUGAAGGAGACUGUCGGUGGACGCGGCGAUGACUCCAGCGAAGAAGUACAGCUCAUUGACGGUGCCGAUGAUGAGCCGCUGAAAGAGCUUGACGUCCAAGAGACUGUCCAAUAUGAGGAAAGGGAACCCAAGGUGCUGCGUACACUGCUCACUGGGCUCCCGAGUCCUUCAUCAGCCAUGUGGAGCUGGAUCACCUUUGGCAUCAACAUGGCCUUGAUUGCAAUGGCCUUGGACGUCGUCUAUCGCGCUCCGUUACUCCACCAAUGCCAUGAUGCGAGCUUUGCACGCGUCGGCUACGUCUCGGAGAACAGCGCAAAGAUCUUGGUGCGAGAGCCGUACGCGUUUGACGUGAAGGUCCUCUAUCGCUCCAUCGAUGGAACCGAACGGUCGUGGAUGCACAAGACCCAUCGCGCCAGCCAACCCGAGUAUUGGCUCACCAACGAGACCGACUUCACGACCGUUAUGAACAUCGAACACCUGCGACCCGAUCUGCCUUACGAGUACAUCGUCGAGACUUCGCGCGGAAACAUAUCAGGCACCUUCACAACUGCUCCGAAACCAGGUCGCAUAUCGAUGCUCAAGGACAACAAAUACACUUUCGUACACUCGAGCUGCAUCAAGCCUCGCGUCCCGUACACUCCCUUCCAGCACCCUCUCGAAUUCCCCGGCAUGAAGCACCUAGCGCGCUGGCUACCAGAGCUCAAGCCCUACUUCAUGCUGUUUCUCGGUGACUUCAUCUACGUGGAUGUGCCACACCGUCAGGGUAGUGAUGUCGAAACAUACCGACGCGAGUACCGACAGGUCUACUCUUCGCCAUCGUGGCCGGCAGUGAGCGAGAACCUGCCAUGGAUCCACGUCAUUGACGACCAUGAGAUUCACAAUGACUGGAACAGCAACAUGACGGGUGUAGCAGUCCCAGCCUACGACGCCUUCACGCACUACAACGCCGCGCCCAAUCCUCCUCCUCAUCGCGAAGGCGUCACUUACUACUCGUUCACACAGGGCCCAGCAGAGUUCUUCCUCCUCGACACCCGACGAUACCGUACCCCCGCGAGCAAAGACGCUUCCGACCCCACAAAAACUAUGCUUGGUGCCCAGCAGCUCUCGGAUUUACUGGACUGGAUACAUAAACUACCACCUCCGGGCGUUCACUGGAAGUUCAUUGUCACGGGUACACCCUUCACAAAGAACUGGCAAUUCGGGUCGGAAGACACAUGGGGCGGGCAUCUAUAUGAGCGCAGACGUAUCCUGGAAGCUGCAUGGGACCUCUCUUCUGCGCACGACAUCGGCGUCGUAGUCCUCAGCGGUGAUCGUCACGAGUUCGCUGCUACGUCCUUCCCACCACCGAAGGAUGGCAAGUGGCCUACGAGCGCUACGGUACACGAGUUCAGCACCAGUCCGUUGAGCAUGUUCUAUCUACCCUUCCGGACAUACAAGGAGACAGAUGACGAGGAUGUAUGCCUCAAGUACCUUCCUGACGGUAACAGCAAGUUUGGUGCUGUAGAGAUUACGACACCUGAACACGGAGAGCAGAGCUUUGUUAACUACAGGCUGUUCAUCGAUGGAAACGAGGCUUGGACGCACAGUAUCAGCACACCACCGGGGAGGAGUGGAAGUCAUAGGGCGAAGGACGCUGUCUGGGGAUAG